UCAGUUGUCGUCAAUUCGUUUUGAGUUGGCAGUGAGAUUUUUCUUUCCUAUUGUACGAAAUUUUCAACUUAGUGAAAAUAUAGUAAAUUUGUGAAAAAUACGCAAGUCAAACGAAGUAAUAUCGAGUAGAAACGAAAACGAAUUGUUUAGUGUGUAUUAUUCAGUUGAAAUUAUGCAUUUAAUUGUUUGUGCAAACACAAAUACAUAUAACGAAAGUGCUUAAUUGAAAAGCAAAGACCUUCAAUUUCGGUGUGUAAAUUGUAAAAAUGUCUUGGGUGCAAAGUAAUGCACCACCGCCUACGCUGCCACAGCAGUCGCAAUCACAACACUCCUAUACACAACAGCAGAAACACUUAAUUCCAACGGCCCAGCAGCAACAGCAGCCAACAUUAAAUUUACAACAACAACAAUCGCAUUUAGUAGCAACACAAACGCAUGCACAAGCCACCAACGUUGCCGCAACUAAUGCUUACACGAAUCCAGCAGCAGCACCACCACCCCUUGCAACCAAUUUGGCUUCCAACACUGGCGCAUAUAUGAGUAAACCGUUAAACGUUAACAAUAACCUGCAACAGUCGCAACAACCAAACCCUAUGCGUUCACAAAUGCAUGCCAACGGUGGUGGUACACACCAGCAAACGCAGCAGCCUGGCCACUAUGGCGUACAACAGCAGCAGCAGCAGCCAACAGCAGCAUCGGCGAACGCCUGGCAGCAACAGACUUACGCGCAACCACCAAAUAAAAUGAUGCAAUCGAAUGCUGCUGGCGUGAACAAUAACUGGCAGCAACAACAACAACAGCAGCCACAACAACAUGCCAACAAUUUAUAUCCACAGCCGCAACAACAACAAGCGACUGCUACGCAUAACAUCUGGCAACCACCAGAACCGCCAACUGCUAACAAUGUGCCAACGCAGCAGCAGCAACAACCCUAUCCACAUCCAACCACAUACGACAAUUAUUUUACAGCAAACCAAAACCAAGCGCCACAACAGCAGGCACCAACAGCCACACAGCCAGCUGCACAGUAUCAACAGUUGCCGCCGCCGCAAGUAGCGCCUGACGCCAAUUAUUUCCACUAUCAGCAACAGCCGUCGACGCAGUUGCAACAACAGCCGGCUCAGCCAACAGCCGCCGCUGAACUGUUCGAUAAUGGUAAUGCGAACAACCGUAGCGAUGGCUGGGGCGACUGGGACUGGAAUGAUAAUGGCAAUGUGGUUGCGGGCGAAAUGGAGCAAACGUCGGUUGGGCAGCAGCAGCAGCCGCCGACUACAGCGCAAUUGCCCAUACAUAAACCGCCAGUGCAGCAACAGGCAGUCGCACACACUGCAUUUGAACCGCAAACAACGAAUUACAAUGCGCCAAAUGUGAUCGAGGAGAGUUUUGGUGGUCAGUCGACAAACGACAAUUGGAGUUGGAAUAUUGGUGAUGAUGUAAAUGCGAAUGCGCACAGCACUGCCGUCGACAAUGAAUCAGCAACACUAACACCACAAGUGCCAACUACAAAUAAUCGUCAAGCGGCACAAGUGCCGCGUCAAGUUGCGAGUAGCGUUCAAGUGCCUCAACAGAAAGCUGCCGAAUAUGCUGUGACCGAUGCGGAGGAUGUGAGGGCGGCAGCAGUAGCAGCGAAUAUGGGCAAACCCGCCACGCUACCACUCUCCGAAGUGACCAAUGAAAACUAUAACACCACAGCCCCAACACCCGCAGCGCCACCUAUCGCUGCACCCCCAGCUUCCGUUGGCGUUGGAAGCAACAUUCCAAACUCCGUUUAUGUGUCACAAGCAAAACCAGUUUCGCGACCUUCACGCCAAUACGCUUCACCACCUGGCGUUGCCAGCCCUACCAGUGAGCCUUUGGAAAAUGCCUUAACACCACCGCAAGCGUUCCAAAAUGAAAUAGCCACAGUGCAGUCCGAAGUUUUGCCGCCUGCAGCACCACCGGUCGCCGUCGCCCCAAUUGGUCUACCGCCGCCUGCUUUGUCACCGCCAAGCAAUUUGCCGCCACCUCCAGGUGCGAGUGCUGCUGCUGGUAAUCCUUUUAAACGCGCCGGCGCAGCGCAACAUCAUCGCGCUGGCUUGAUGGCCACCAAUAACGCUGUCAAUAUCGCGGCGCCACCUGCAGCCCCGCAGCAGAUUACAGCUGCCGCAGUAGCUAAUGCCUUUGCGGUGCCACCACCGCCCGCAGAUUUUGCCAAUCCGCUGCUUAAUCACUUGGAGCCAGAUAAUUCGGAAAUCUUGCAUGAAAAUCAAGAAGUUUUGGGCACGGCGUUGCCAACACCGCCAACUUCGUUGUUGCUACCCACUACACAAACUAUCACUUUGCCUGGCGCAACAGCAGCCGCGGCACAGGCGCCACUACCGCCACCACCCAAUGAUGAGCGCAAUCAGUACUUGCAGACGAGUCCACUUUCGGAGAAUCCCGAUGAGGAGUUAAACUUGGAAGCUGAUAGCUUACCGCCACCGGGGCUGUCGCGCCUAGUGUUGGGACAGCCUGAACUGCUAGAGGCCACACAGCGCAUGGUGACCGGCACGGAGGAGCCGGCCAAUAUGCAUAUGGAUGAACGACAUGCCGACGGUGAGGAUACCUCUUUGGAGCAGGUGCCAGCAGUGCCGCUGUUGAAUGCGUCCCAGCGUGGCGCUUUGGGCAAUGUCACAAAUUUGACAGCAACUAACGCCUCAACCGACAAUCACAACACUAUAGAUAUAACCACAGAUCGCAAUUUGUAUUUGGUACCUGGUGAGAGUAAUAUCAGCAACGAGCAACGCGUCGUAACCGGCGUCGAACGCUCGCCGGAAAGUAAUGCGCCGGCGCCACCACCACAAAUUGCUAGUGGGCAGCGCGAAAUCGAAUUGGACGGCGAGAAUUUGGAGGAUCAACAGCAGGAGCAACAACAGCAGCAGCAACACCAACAACAGUUGCAACAACCACCGUUAUUAACGGUGAACAGUCGCGAUGAACCGCCUUUAGAGGGCGCUGCUGCAAGCAACGAACCUUCACCGCCUGCGGUUGAUGAGCCACAGGAUGUGCAUCAUCAUCAUCAUGUGCAACAUCACCAUCACCACCAUCAUGCCACAAAAUCGAAGGAAUUAUCCAAUGCCUCAACAGGUAAUGAUGAAAGCGAUGCAUUGCCAGAGCAACAGCGUCAUCAUCACCCCACACGUUACACUGGCGCUGGCAGCAACAAGUCGCGCAAACAUUCAACUGGCGAGUUGGAGCGCAAAGUGCCAGAUCGCGCACAUCGCCGUGACAAACAGCGCAGCUCUGCCGAUCGCUAUGAGAGCGAUGAUCUCGAGGAGUCUGAGCCCUACUCAAGUGACCGUGAGCGCGAACGCGAGCGUGACCGCCGUCGCGGUUAUCGUGAGGGUAGUGCGCGCAGUGAUCGCGAACGUGACGAUCGCGAUUAUGCCAAGGAUAAGCGACGUCGCGCUGGCGAACGUGCUGAUAAGCGCGACGAACGCGACAAGUUACGCGAUAAGUAUUAUGCACGUGACAAUGGCAAAUCGGAUACGUUGCGUCGCAACGGUCGUCACAAUCGUCAAUACGACGACGAUGUGGAAGAUGUGAGCGCGCGACGCAAAGAGCAAACGCGUCGCAGCGGCGCGCGUCAUCACAAUGAUGAACGCGCGGGACGCAGCGACCGUAGUGAACGCGACUACGAUGACUACAAUCGACGCGCACGUGGCGCGCCCAAACGCGGCGACAAAAAUCAUGAUGAUGCACGCGAUGGGCGCCGGAGCACUUAUGUGGAUGAUGAGCGUCGUGAGCAGCGGCGCACACGUCGCGAUCGUGGCAGUGACUAUGAUACUAUUGAGCGUCGUCAUCGCGGCACUGGUGGUGGUGACAAAUCGUUGCGUGGUGAACGCGGCGAUCUGCGCGAGUACGAAGAGUACCGCAAGCAGAGCUCACGCAAUGCGCGGGAAAGUGAUUUGGAGAAGGAGCGCGCACGCUACGAUCCGCGUCACGCCGCCAUGUAUGGCUAUCCGCCAAACGCGUACGGUUACGAUCCCUACGCCUCGUAUUACUAUGAGCAAAUGGCGCGCACCAAUCCGCAGGCAUACGCGGAGUGGUAUAAGAAAUACUAUGGACAUGCCACCGCUGCAACGGCAUCCAGCUUGAGCGCACAUGCCGCCGCAGGUGGAGAUCACGCUAGCUUGAAUAGCAGCUCGUUGGCGGCGGCCACGGCGGAUGGACGUGAGUCGGUGCACUCGGGACGCAGUUCGGUGCAAAACGACAAUGAUCGGUAUACACAUGCAUACAUUUCACAAGCCAAUGAAUACCAUCGUCAUUUACAACAGCGGCAACAUCAUCAACAACAGCAACAACAACAUAUGAUUUACAGUCAACAACAUAUAAAUAUGUCACUCAACUCUACAACGCUAGGCGAUGACGCAGGCAACAUAUACGGCGGCGUCGGUGGCGAGGCGGCUUUGCGCGCCGCACGCUCCACCAGCAAUCUGUCACAAAUUGGCAGCGGCAUUAGUGCCAUAACGGGCGGUGGCGGUGGUUUGACAGCAUACUACGCUGGUGUCGGCGGUGUUGGCGCUUCCUACUACGCGCGUUCCGAUUACGCGGAGUCCAGAUCGGGUCAUAUGUCAAUACGCGAUGCCGAAGCCAUCGCCGAACCCGAUCCACAGCGGCUCACACCACGUAAGUUCGUUAACGAACACUCAAUCGUUUCGCUGUCGGCCGGCAUACUUGUUACCGUUAAACCGAAGUACACUUCACACGGCGCCAUUAGUAAUAUUGUGAAGUUGCAACGCUUAGGCGUCAACGAUGCAACACGUCAACUCUUCCAGGCCUAUCCUGGGCCGUUGGUGCGUGGUCUCACACACAAGAAGACAAUUAUUGAAUUCUGCGAAGAGCAAAUACGUUUGGAUCUCAUGGAGACCACCAUCUACGCUAAACAGCUGGUAUGCAAUAAUAUUGAGAAAUAUCGUGGUUCCUAUACGCUGAUGUGGAAUCUGUUGAUUUUGUUGUUGCGUCAAAAUGGCAUGGUCGUUGGCACGGAUAUUGCGGAAUUACUAUUAAAAAAUCAACAACAAUUCCCCUAUCAAAUAGAGCCUGCCGACGGCGACGACUCAUCCGUGCUCAGUGGCGAUGAGGAAGAUGAAGAGCAAGCGCCAGCAGCUGACACUGCUACCGCUGAACAAACCAAUACAGAACAUGUCUCGGGUAAUGAAGCUGAAGCUGUCACAAAUGCGCCUAAACAAGCCGCCACUCAAUCCACAACAACCGUUACUAAUGCACCAGUGCUCACCGACGCUGAGAUAACCGAAAAGUUCCGCAACUAUUUGCUGUAUGGCAAUGUGAAUGAGGCGCUCGACUGGGCCACCGAUAACAAUUUGUGGGGUCAUGCGCUCUUCCUGGCCUCCAAAGUGGAUCGUCGUUCACAUGCCAAUGUUAUGAUGAAGUUCGCAAACAAGCUAUCGCUGAACGAUCCGCUACAGACGCUGUAUCAGCUGAUGAGCGGCCGUCAGCCGUCUAGCGUGACGAGUGUGCAGGAUGAAAAGUGGGGUGAUUGGCGUCCACAUCUCUCCAUGAUACUCUCAAAUACGUCACAAAAACCCGAAUUAGAUCGCAAAUCGAUUACAACGCUCGGUGAUUCGUUGCUCAAUCGUGGUGACUUGUUCGCGGCACACUUCUGUUACCUAAUGGCGCAAGUGGGUUUCGGACGCUAUCAAGAGAGCGCUACACAGGAGAGCACCUUGCAGCAGCAUUUGCCAAAACUCGUCUUGCUUGGCUCAUCGCAUUAUAAAUCCUUCAACGACUUCGCCGCCAACGAAGCCAUCAUGAUGACCGAGAUCUAUGAGUAUGCUUGCUCAUUGAACGAUGAGAAAUUCUCGCUAGUCGAGUUUCAGCCUUAUAAAUAUUUAUUGGCCACACGCCUGCUGGAUUAUGGCUAUAAUUUGCGUAGUCUAAUGUAUUUUGAACAAAUUGCGCUGCACAUACAACGCGAUCCGAGCAAAUACGAGCCAAGUUUCAUUAAUAAGAUCUACGAAUUCGCUGAACGUCUCAAAUACUAUGAUCCAGUGUUGGAACGUUCCAUGGAUGAACAACAGCAUCAUGCUGAUGGUAGUUUGAAUAGUCAAUUGCCGAAUUUCGAGGAGCAAAAGUGGUUGCAAGACUUGCGCGCGCUUGCGGUGCAGCAUAAGACCGAGUAUUCCAGCCCUGCUGCACCCGUAUAUGGACAAAUUGCCGAUACGCAGAGUCAGAUCGAUCAACAAUUUGUCGAGAUAAAUAAACAAUUUAAUGAGUUGAAUUUGCAAUAUCAAGGUCUCGGCAAUGCCGAACAAGCGCCAACCCUAUAUAACCCAGACACAAUGCAGCAGCAGCAACAACAAACGCAUAAUGAUGUAACUGCUGAUCCCUAUCAACAAAAACAACAGCAACAAACAGCAGUGACUGGCGACUACAAUAGUCUCCAACCCAGCGUAGAUGCACAAGCUUCGAAUCAUACGACUUCUGUUGCACAGGAUGCCAAUGAUGCUACGUAUGCUUACUACAAUCAACAGCAACAGUAUAUGCAGCCAACAAUAGAUGCGCAACAGCAACAGCAACAACAGGAACCUCAUUCAAUUCCUUACUAUGAUCCUAACCAGCAACAACAACAGCAACACUAUCAAGGUUAUGGCGCAGAAGCUGUGGAUGCACAGAAUAAUGCUGCCACUUAUGAUUAUUGGGCACAACAACAACAACCACAAAAUGCCACUUAUGGCGACGAGUACGCCACAAAUAAUGAUGAUGAACCCGCUGCUGGCAUAACAAAAACAACAACAUUAAAAGAUACAACAAAAAUUGUCGAAGCCUAUUUGAAUAACGAUGAUAUGCUGGCUUUAAAGCAAAUGCCACUAAAAGCAAAAACACAAACAACUGCAACAUAUAAAACAACAUUGGAGAGUAUGCGAAAAUUACAACAACAACAGCAACAAGAAAAACCAGUGGAAAUCACCGCUGCAGCAGCCAAAUUAUAUAAUAGUUAUGACGGGCCACAAACGCGUGUCGCCAAAAAGCCAAACACCAAUCACAACAACAACCACAAUAACAAUGAGAAACAGCAACAACACCAACAACUGCAUGCAGCUACGUUGACCACAUCAUUUCUCAGCGCGCCACCAGAUAAUGCGCGGCCCACCAUAUCAAUGCCGAAAUCGAAAAUCUAUGAUACGGAGGAGGAAAAGCAACAGAAGCAGCAAGCGCAACAGAAAGCGGGCGGUGCCGAUGAGGGCGGCAAUAAACAGAGUGGUAAAAAUGAUACUGGCAAGGAGACGCAGAAGGGCGCCCAGCCAGGUAAUCAAAAUUCCGGCUGGUUCGGCGGCAUAUGGAAUAAGCUUUCACUCAAACCCAAAAAUCAAAUGAUUUUGCCCGAUGACAAGAAUCCCAGUAUCGUUUGGGAUCCGGAGAAGAAACGCUGGAUAAAUACAGAUGGUGAAGAAGCGGCCGAAGAGAGUUUCAAGCCGCCACCAAAGAUGAGCGAUAUAAUGGCACAGCAGCCACCAGCAAUGGGUGCAACGAAUGUGCCACCUGCAACGCAGCCGUAUCAACAACCGCAACCGCCACAACAACAACAGCAACAGCCCUCACCAUUGCUUGACACGCAACAGUAUGCUGCUCCGACAUCUUCACCAGCUGCUGCACCUGCCCCCGCCGCCUCGCCAGCGCCCGUUUCCGGCUAUAGUGCGCAUGCGCUGUCUGGCGCCGAUGCGGCAGGUGUGACCAAAACGCCCAGUUUGCAGUCAAAUAUGUUCAAAAUGCAACGCAAUCGAACCUUAAAGAAUUCCUACGUCGAUGUGUUCAAUCCCUCAGGUGCCCCUAUGAAGGCGGUGGAAAAUGUGCUGGCUCCGGCCUUGCCACCGGCUGCAGUGCCGCAAAGUGGCUUCUUUAUACCGGGUCCAGCGCCAGUUGCCCCUGCGAGCGAAAAUAAUGAUGCUGGCGCAUAUCAGUCGCAACAACAACAACAAAUGCCGCAACAAGAUGUGCCACAAUUCUACAAUCCAAAUCAAUUCAGCGGUGGUGCUUAUUAGUUAAGACAGUCAAACCCUCACUCAUAUACACACAUACAAACACAAACAAACAAACUAAACCACAGUGGGAAUAAAUAGUAGUCAUACAGUUAUACAGAUACCUUCAGAUAAUUAAAUAGUUAAAUUUUACUAAAUAAAAAAAAACAAAAAAAAGUUCAACAAGUUCAGAAAAAUAGUAAAAUCAA